CUUCCGUCCGCGGCGCCCGGAGACGCCCGGAAAUUUGCGGGCGCGCCGGAAGUUGAGAGGAGUUUCCUGCAAGCUCGGCUUCCUCAACAUGGCAGCGCCCUUGUCAGUGGAGGUGGAGUUCGGAGGUGGUGCGGAGCUCCUGUUUGACGGUAUUAAGAAACAUCAAGUCACUUUGCCUGGACAGGAGGAACCCUGGGACAUCCGGAACCUGCUCGUCUGGAUCAAGAAGAAUUUGCUAAAAGAGCGGCCAGAGUUAUUCAUCCAGGGAGACAGCGUGCGGCCAGGAAUUCUGGUGCUGAUUAACGAUGCCGACUGGGAGCUACUGUCUGUCUCUUCCAGAGCAUCCAGUCCUCAGCCUCUGCUCUCCCAACUCCUGGGGUGGAACUGGGAAGGUAGCCCUGAGGGUCUCCCGCUCUCCUCUGCCCCGCACCAGGGUGAGCUGGACUAUCAGCUUCAGGACCAGGACAGCGUCCUCUUCAUCUCCACUCUGCACGGCGGCUGAGGGCCCUUCUCUGGGCCUGGGCACCCUUAGAGGGGAGAACGAAGCAAUCAGACAUCCACUUGGGCCCUGCUUCCAGGUCUCCCUGUCCCCCUUGCCUGUCUUCUUCCCUGCUCUGUCCCCCAAGCUCCCUCCAGGCAGGGAAAAGAGGCCAGGUGCUAAAAAUGAGCCUUUCUCAAGCACGUGAGCAGGGGAAGGCAGACAGGCACCAGAGCCCAGCACUCCCUUUUCCAGCAGCUGUGAUGGGGGAGGGUGCCCCUCUGGUUUGUCAAGAGUGGAAGGAGGCUCUGUGGCCAGGUGACCUGGCUGCCUUCCACUCCUUGUACCUCCUUCUAAACAUGGAGUGACCGCUGACAAGGUGCUCCAGCCCCAGAGCCAGCAUCUUCAUGGGGAAGAUGAAUGGACCUGAGUAGCUGAAGGAAGGCCCCUCCCUACCUAAAGAUUGGAGGCUUCUCAGCCUCAAUUUCCCUGUCUGGACAGCUGAGGGCUCUGCCUGUCCCCCACUGCUAUCAGUAUGGAACCCCAGCUGGGGUCCCCUAUUCAGUGCUGACUCCCCCCAGCCAGCAGCUGCUCCUCUAGUCACACCCCUCCUUCUGCUCCCCCCACCCCUAGCCCUUGACCCUAGCUGGCCUGCCCCCCUCCACAGGCCACCAGAUGGGCUCCUGAGACCCUCCCCAGGCUGCUUACAGCUCAUUCUGCUGGGGGUAGAGAUGAGGGGAGGGGGUAAGUUAAACCUUGGACUAGCAAGUAGAAGCCUGGGGGGAUCUGUGUGCCUCAGUUUCCUCCUCUACAACUGAAUAUUUAUAGUGGCUGAAAACUGGGGAGAUACCUGAUGGUGCAGAUGUCCAUUUUCUCUCCCUUCCCACCUCCUGCAGGAAGCAGGAUGGGGCAGGCAGCACCUGGUAGGCAGAGUGGUUUGCUCCCCCUCCCCUUCCCUUCUGGAAGUCUUGGGGCCUCAGUGCUUGCAACAGCCGGCCUUGUGCAAAUAAAAGACUAGGUUGUUUACUAGCCUUGCUUGGAGCUUCAUCCUUGGAAACAGGUGGCACCUCAUAUCCCCCCAGCCAUGGUCUGUGAUACAACCUCUCCAUCCUCAGCCUAGGGCCUCAGAGCUACCCUUCACCCUUCACCCAAAAGAGGGGUGGGGGUGAACACUCAGACAAUCUGAGACGGGGUAGUCUAAUAGAGCCAUCUGGAGAAGGGGGUGUCAGAGUCAGUCUGUGCUGACCAGUCUGCGUCCCAGGACGCAUCCCCACCCGUCUGUCCAAGGCUUUGUCCCACCAGCUGCAGCCAGCAGCCUCACAACCCAGAAUGGGGGUGGCAUAGAUAAGACUGCUGAGCCACCUUUCUGUGGUCUUUCCUUCCCAUGACCUGGAGAAAAGAGCUUUGUUUGCUGGAGGGAGACCCCCAAAAAGAAUUAGGGCACUAACAUCCCACCAAAAGCGUCAUCCCACCCAAAAUGUUGCUUUUCAUUCUAUGUCAGUAAUUUAAAGUGGAAUUUCUCACCUCUCACCCUGUGGAGAUGAAAGUGGCAAAAGGUUGUCCCAGCAGUGUUGGGGAAUGGGGUGUAUACAUCAUUCUUUUGGGGAUGGAUGACCUGCCGGCUGGUGGGCUUUUCUCCAGCACUACUACAGGUAGAAGCCCUCUGGGCUUGUGUGGAGUGGGAGCAGCCGUGUUGGGACUAUGGGGAGGAGCUGGUCUGGGUGCAAAUUAAGGCUAGUGUUGGGGUCUGAGUGCUGUCCAGAAAGGCUGUGUGACCAACCCUCACUAGUUCCUGAGGUCAGGGUCUCCAUGUUAGGGAACAAAGCAGGAGACUUGGAACAGCCCCUAUAGCUGCACUUUCAGAAGGUCAGCCUGUCCCAUUCUUGUAAUCUGGAGGUCCCUCCCUGUCUCCACCCCACUGAGCUGCAGGAGCAGCCCAUCAGUGCACCUGAUUGGAACACCCCAGAUUGCAGGUCCUGGAAACUGGGUGCUAGGAUCCGUUUCUCUGGCUGCAAAGAGUGGGAGGCCUGAUGUGGGAUAUCCCUUUUCCCACCACACCCCAAUUAAUGCUGAAGAGUAGGGCAGGAGGAGGUGCUGGGAAAACCGGGUUUCUUGGCACAUGGGGGUGCAAGCACUGUGGUUGAAAUUGGCCAUGGCCAAGGCACUCCAGACGAUUUCAGGUCGUUUUUAGCCCCAGGCUGGAAAGGGGUCAGGGGACAAGUGACCUGGGCUCAGCCCCCAGCAGCUCCCAACCACCCCUCUCCCAAGCAACUCCUGAUCCCUGCUUUUGAGGAAAUAAACAAAUAAAACCCC